AUGGUCUUUGUUUGGGCAGAACGGUUGUAUGUGGGCCGGGCCUUUACAAAAGCUGAUUUCCCUUCCUCGAGGAAACCUUACCGGGCCGAACCUUGGGCCCACACGACAGAUCGUGACAGCCGAGCAACACGGCCCAGAGCCCGUGUCCCCACCGAGUCACCGACCCGCACCUCCCUGGGCCCCACCUGUCAUCCACCAUUCCCCAUACCCGUCCGUGUCACGGAGACCGCCACCGACCCCACCACCUCGUUACCCCCCGCCGUGCUCGUCCCAGUCUCUGCCACGUGGGCCCCACACGCACCACACUAUUUAUUCCUACACGCGAAUCCGUACGCGUACACUUCGACUCGACGCGUAUUCCCCUCGCCGCCGUCGCCGACUCGCCGUCGAUUCGCCGCCACCGUUGCCGCCGCUUCGCGCCUAGGGUUUCGUCGCCGGCCGCCGCUGUAUGAGCAGUCGCCCCAUCGUCGCCAACCUGGACCGUCACCACCACCACCACCGCCCCGAUGUCGUCGUCGAGGAAGACCGCGGGCCCCCGCGGCGGCGGCGGCCGCCGCAGGGACGAAGAAGGUGGGUAGUGGGCCGAGCCGGGUGACGCUGGAGAGGCUCCGGGAGGGGAUCGAGCGGCGGGCGGAGGAGGAGGAGAGGCGGGCGGAGGAGGAGAGGAGGGCGGAGGCGGAGAGGGCCGCCGCGGAGGAGCGGGCGAGGCGGGAGGAGGAGGAGGGGAGGGCGCGGGCGGAGGAGGAGAGGAGGCGGAGGGAGGAGGAGAGGCGGCGGAGGAGGAAAGAGGAGAAGGUGAGGGAGGAGGCGCGGCGGAGGGAGGAGCAGCGGCGGCGGCUCGGCAUCACCGUCGUCGCUGAUUCUCCCGGCGGAGGCGGUGAUGGCGAUCGUCGUCGGCCUGUGUACGACUCCAGGAAGACUAAAUUGCAGGCCAAGCCUCAUGGGGAUGCCCAGUCUGAAGCUGAUACGGCAGAAUUGCUGAGCUCGAAGCCGCAAUUGGAGGACGAGCAGAUCAAUGCAUUAUCUAUCGAGGUUGCUGCUGCCGCAGACGCAGUAGAAUUGGGAGUGGGAAGGAAAACUGGAUCAUCAGAAGAGGAUGGCACUGUUAGUGAUGGUGGUGAUGAUUCUUGUGAGGACAAGAGCUUGGAUGGUUUUGAUGUCCAAUCUGAUGGGAAUUCUCCCUGUGUUGCAGAGGGGGAAACAGAGGACAAACUUGCGACUUCUGCUUCCCAGGUUGUUAAUCCAGUCGAUAUCGAUGUGGCUGGUGAGGUUGAGGAAGAUGGGAUCCUUGAUUCUCAAGAUGCGUGUGCAAUCGAGGGUGACAGGGUGCUCCGUGAGACGAUAUGUUGCAUCCUUGGCCAUGUGGAUGCUGGUAAGACAAAGCUCCUUGAUUGCAUCAGGCACACCAAUGUGCAGAAAGGGGAUGCUGGAGGCAUCACGCAGCAGAUUGGCGCUACCUACGUACCUGUUGAAUACGUCAAGGAGAGGGCCAAACCCCAUAAAGGUGUGUCGUAAUCAAAGUUCCUGGGUUGCUUGUGAUUGACACCCC